AUGCGUCCUAAGGUGUCGGGGCCCGGCGACGCGCGGCACCGGUUCAGACCCCGGGAUCCGGCGGGAAUCACCCUCGCAUCCCCACUCGCAGCCAAUCCCGCUCCAGAGUCCCCUGCGCAGCUUGCAGCCGCCUCCGCGCGGGCACCCGCGCCGGGACAGGGAGCAGGAUCCAGAUCCCCUUCCGUCUCGGGACGCCCAGCCGGAGCUCGCCCGACCUCCAAGGCGGGAUCGGCGGCAGGAGCCCCACGCGCGUCCGCAUUCUCAGCCGUCCGGCGGAAUGCCCAGGCCGUGCCCGGCACCUCGGACGCGCCAUGGACCCGCUUCAUAUUCCAGGGGCCCUUUGGUCCCCCGGCCAUUGGCUUGGGGACCGGAAAGGCGGCGGGCAUCUGGAAGACGCCGGCCGCCUACAUUGGCCGUCGGCCUGGGAUGUCUGGCCCCGAGCGUGCCGCCUUUAUUCGGGAGCUGGAGGAAGCGCUGUGUCCUGACCGACCGCCACCAGUUAAGAUCACCCAAGAAGAUGUCAGACUGAUGUUAAAUCUGCUAGAGGAGAGAGAGCAGGACCUAAAUACGGUGGCUCGCAUUGGCCAGUCCCUGGCGAAACGGAACAGUGUUCUGAUGGAGGAGAACAGCAAGCUGGAAGCCAUGCUGGGCUCAGCCAGGGAGGAGAUUUUAUACCUCAGACACCAGGUGAGCUUGCGAGAUGAUCUCCUCCAGCUCUACUCAGACUCUGAUGAGGAGGAAGAGGAGGAGGAGGAGGAAGAGGAAGAGCGAGAGCAGCAGCAUGAUCAUCCCUAUGGAGCCUCUGAGCCGACUUCUGUGCAGGAGUCCGAGUCGCCGCACUACUGCCCGAAGCUGGAAACACUGCAGGAGCAGCUGAGGCGGCUGGAGGAGGAGAACGAGCAGCUGAGAGAGGAGGCCUCUCACCUCGACGCCCUUGAGGAGGAGGAGCAGAUGCUCAUCCUGGAUUGUGUGGAGCAGUUUUCUGAGGCCAGCCAGCAGAUGGCCGAGCUGUCGGAGGUGCUGGCGCUCAGGAUGGAGACCCAUGACCAGCAGCGGAGGGAGGUCGCCCAGCUUCGGACCCAGGUUCUGACGCUGCAGCAGCGCUGUCAGAUGUAUGAAGCCCAGACUGAGAAGUUGCAACAGCAGCUGGCUUCGGAGAAGGAAAUCCAGAUGCGGCUCCAGGAUGAGCUUCAGGACCUGCGGGAGAGGUACACGGAGUGUCGGGGCAUGCUUACUGAGGCCCAGGAGGAGGCGAAGACCCUCUGCCAGCGAGCCCCGGUGUCCACUGGCCCUGUCACUCACUACACAUACACUGUACCCGUGGAGGCCCUUCCUGGUUUCCAGGAGACCCUGGCCGAGGAGCUCAGAAUGUCUAUAAGGAGGAUUAUCUCAGACCCUGUGUUUUUUAUCGAAAGGAAUCACGGAACGGCUGCAGAGGAGAUGUCACACCUGGGGUACAAGCUGUGCUGCGGUGAGGCACGAGAGCAGGAAUGGGGGUUCGAGGCUGAGAGGGGGUUAAUGACAGCAGAGGAUUUUGUGCCUUCGGAGGAGCUGGGGGCCACAGAAGAGGGGGUGUCAGCUGAGGAGGGGUUGACAGAAGAGGCGGAGCUGAUGUCGGAGGACGCUGAGGCCUGGGAGGACGUAGAGCCGGAGCUGGAUGAGGCGACGCAGACGAACGCAGUGACCUCAACCCUGGCAGCCAGCGGCUUGGGCCCCUCUCACCUAAGCAUGAGGCGUGUCCUCCGGCAGCUGGCUAACUGGCAGGACUCGGGGUACAGGUGGCAGCUGAGGCAGAAGAUGCUCCAGGAAGGUGAGUGCUCCCGCAGGGGCCUCCCUCUGGCCAGCUGGACGAGCUGCAGAUCAUCAAGCCGAUGAAAGGGGAGGGUAGGUGAGCCCCCCAUGUGCUCACUUACCCUGGCCUGGCCCCACCCAGCUUGCUGAUUUGCAUGGACUUUUCAUAUCAUUUGCAUAGGCACUGGGGAUCUGUGGCCCCAGGGCUCAUUUAUGUGGAAUUGGCAUAAGAUUCCAGAGCUCUACCCCCUUUUCUCCUGGGGAGCUGGGCUGGGCGUCAAGACCGGGGCUGCUCCCCUCCAUUCCACCUCAGCUUCCUGUCUCUGCCACCCCCAGCCCCAAGGCUCCCCAACCCUGCAGCAGUGGCAGCAGCAGGCCAAGACAAUGUGGGGGACGGGGUGCAGAGCAGCACCCUGGGGUGCUGACCCAGGACUUUCAGAGACUGGAGGAGGACAGGGUCAACCACCCUCCCAGGGCCUGGGAGGAAGACAGGGGUCUUCUGGUGCCACCCAGGCCAUUGGGACAAAGGCCUCUGCCAGCAAGGGUGGUCGGACCAGUCCCCUGGGCUUUGCUGUGUCCCAGCAGCCUGCAGAGGCCCCACAGACAGCCUGAGGCCCCUCCUUCAGCUGCCUGGUCAAGUCCCACCUGCC